AUGGCUGAAAACGCAAAUCCAAUAGCGGAGACAACACAAGACGUAACUGUCGUUGCCGAAAACCGUACAACUCCAAAUCCUGCCGCCAACAAGAAACACGAUCCAAAACCCUCCUCUGUAAAACGAAUCAUGUUUCCAUUAACCACAAUUUCGUUCCUCCUUUCUUUUCCAAUCCUCUUUUGUAUCGUAUGGUUGUUAUACGUGAAACAGUGUAACUGCGAACACCUGUUGCCAUUGUCAAAGCUGCAACACGGGGUUGUUUUCGCAUUAAUUCUCUUGUUCGUCGUUAGCAACAGUGUCGUGUUCUUGAGAUCGCGCUUUUUGAUGUUGGGAUUGAUCGUGGUCAUGGUGCCACUGAUUGUGAUUCUGACAAUAGGGUUGGCGCUUGUAGGAUCGUACACGAUAGAAAGCAGAAUGAUCCCUGGUUCACCAUCAUGGCUCAAAAUGAUGGUGAACGAUGACAAUAAUUGGUACAAUAUCGAGACUUGUAUAUACAAUACGAGAACAUGUCAGGACUUGGCCGUACAAUCAAUCAUGAUCAAGUCUUACGAUUUUUCAAUGACUAAACUCUCUCCAAUCGAGUCGGGAUGUUGCAUACCACCCACAAUUUGUGACAUGGAGUAUUUGAAUGCGACAUAUUGGAUAAAGAAAACCGAAGUUUACGAUGAUCUGGACGGCCCAUACGAUAUCGACUGCGAUUUGUGGCAAAACAACGUUACCAAGCUCUGUUACGACUGCUACGCAUGCAGAAAAGGAUUUAUCAACACUUUGCGGCAAAAAUGGUAUAAGCUUGGAGUCUUUCUCGUCGUAGUGACAAUCUUGCUUAUUGUUUCCCAUCUCUUGUUAUUUGUCGCUUCAAUGCAAGAACGUUAUGCGUCGUAG